GCAUGUGAAUGCAACAGGUCGGAUUUAGCGCCAAACUGCCGAAGCUCAGCUGUAGAUUAGAAGGCUACUGAUAGUAAAUAAAGAAGUUUAGUUUUUCCUCUUAAUAUUCUAAUCCACUUCCUAGUGGAUGAACCAUAGACUGUUUUAUUUACAGUCUUUGGUUGAAACUAACUAGCUUGUUAAAGUCAACUCAGGUUUUAAGGGUUUGAACUCAGGAUAAAAGCAAACCAAGCUGACAAGCUAUCAAGGACUGUAGCUAACAGCAUGUUUAGGGACAAGUCUGCCUGGUUUUCAAGCAGUGUGCCUCAGGCAAGGCAAAACAUUUGGUUUGUGGAGGGUGGGACCAUUACUUGUUGGAGAAAAGCAGAUUACCUCUUCAGUGAGGAUGCUUCAAGUCCUGAUACUCUGAGGAUAUUUGAGAGCAAGGAUUACCUUUGGAAUAAGGUGGUGGUUUUCCACAGCCUGUUUCUGUCUGUCUGUGAGGAGCGCCACAGUGUGAAGUCUGUGUGUAUCGGUCAUUAUGUGCUGCCCCCAGCCUCAGUGCAGGAUGAGGUGAGAGAGGUGGUUGGGAGGUUGAUUUGGGAAAGUGAAGAUAAGCCGUCGCCAGUCCAACGUUCCCUUGGGAGCAGUAGCUGCCUGAGUGAUGCCUGUUCUGAGCCAUCUGACAUAGAUUCAUCUGACAGUGAAGCCCCUCAAUGCAGCCAUUAUCCAGAUAGUAACAAGCUAACAGGAUACAUCACCAUGGACAAACUGACAAAGUAUUCUGGUGAUCUGCGUGACUAUCAUCUUGGAUGUUUCCGGUGCUCUAACUGUAAACUGAGUGAACAACUCACUGAAUAAAAAAGCUUGUAAAAAAGCUAACUCCAUGUUAAUAAGUAAAAGUUGUACUGUUGUGGUGAGUUCUAGUUUGCUUAUGAUGUUUGCAUUUCCGACCAGCUUUUACAAAUAAAAACAAUGACAUAAAAUGAACUCAA